AUGGCUAUCCACAGGACCAGAGCACAAACAAAAACUUUACGAUUAGAAAUGGCAAUCAAUACCACUGCACCAGUUGAAUCUCCAACCUCGGAGAGUCUCUCUAAAAACCGGCAAGUUUCGUCAUGCAAUGGAGUUCCCUCCAAAGCUCCGCCACCUUUGGAAAGCCCCUCUGAAGACCAAACCACUCCGGAGGGUCCAGCUAAGGAUCGGCAACUAGCGGAAGGCCCUAUAAAUGACCUAUUAGCGGGAGAAGUUCCCGAAGAUCUGCUGGCCGUGGGAACUCCCUCCGAAGAGCAACCAACUACGGAAGGUCCACCUGCUGGAGAAGCUCCUUUUGAGACCACACCUGCGAGGGAGUCCUUAACACCUCCGCUGCAAUUAGGGAGUCCCUCCAAAAGCCAACCAACUACGGAAGUCCAGGUUUGCCGGCCUACGGAAGGUCUUACAACAAACCAGCACACGGAGAAACAUCCAUCAACUUUAGAAAGUCUCUCUAAUGGCGAGUGUACUGCAAAAAGCCCUACAACGGGCUUAUUACAGGGAGAAAUUCCGAAAGCGCCGACAGAAAGUUCCUCCCAAGACCAAUCAACGGCCGAAGGCCCAUCUAAAGACCACAUAGUAGAGAGUCUUCCAAUUGUUAAGCUAGCUGUAGAAGCUCUGCCAAGUCCAGGAGAGCAAUUAGAGCCCCAAAAGGACUUGCUACCCAAUCCACCAAGUUCUAAUACCGUUAAGGAUACCUCCCAGCCUAAAGGUGCGAAUCCUCUAAAGAGCCUUCGGAUUCUACGUGAACCGACUACAGUGCGGAAAGACGUUCCUAUAAUUUGCAUCGACUCUGACGAUGACGGCGAUUUCGUAGAGAUCCUGCCUUCUCGGCAACCCCAUGUUCAUCUCUCUAAAAGAAAGGCUUCAUCUUCGCCGGAGCCGUUCAAAUACAAUGGCGAACGGAUGCUAUCUAAACGGCUCAAACUUAUAGCAGAAGAAAAGACCAACCUCCUAGCCCCCGGCUCCACCAAAGCUGAAGACGAAUCCAAGAGCCGACGCAAAUCACACACACAUUACAAGUUUUCGGAACAUGAUCUUAGCAAGUUUAAAACCAUUUUAGACAGAUGUGAGGGUCUCACCAGACUCUUCACACAACAAACAGAGUGUAUUGGAUUACUUGAGGCUCUCGACAUCGAAAGUAGUAUAGCAAUUGCCAAAAUAUCGGCUGAUUCUAUGUCGAGAAACAUACAGAUCCGGAACCAACUUGGAGAUAUAGAGGAGAAAAAAAGCGCGAAGUCUGCUGAACUACGUCGAACUACAUUUUCUACUAUCCAGGAGGGGACUUCAAUAAAGCAAGACCUUGCGAGUUGGUAUACGAAAGAACAGAAGGGUAACCGAGCGUAUUAA